CAGCAGGAAAUGCAGGACAAGUCCAAUAUAGCAACCAGGAUUUGUGCAACAGCCAUCUGCUGCUUUUCCUCCAUGCCAGGCCUUCUGGUGGGUGAGAACAUGGAGGAGACACAAAGCCAGGAACCACCUGCUGGGGCCUCAAACUGUUUGGACUGACCACGAAGCAAGGAGGGACAAUUGGCAGGAUGCUUUUACAGCGGAGUCAGCCUCAGCACCUGCUUGCCUUCCUUCCAGGCUCUGCAUUAUUGAUAACAUCAGUGAGCAGGGCUGAGGAGCCUUUCCCGGGGUGACAGGAAAGCCCUCACUAGAGCACUGCUCAGGAGACUCGAGGUUUCGUUCCCACCAUGCCGCUGCCUGGGUGUGUGGCCGUGGCCAUGUGUGCUGGUCAGAAGUGUCCUCAACUUUAACCUGAGUCCCAGCCGGCAUAGGCAAGAACGUCAUCUGCGACCGCACGGCCACGCCGCUGGACGCCUUCCGCAUGAUGUCGGCGGCCCACUACUACCCCAAGCUCAUGAGCAUUAUGGGCAACGUGCUGCGCUUCCUGCCGGCCUUCGUGCGCAUGAAGCAGCUGAUCGAGGAGGGCUACGUGGGGGAGCUGCUGGUGUGCGAGGUGCAGGUGCACGGCGGCAGCCUGCUGGGCAAGAAGUACAACUGGAGCUGCGACGACCUGAUGGGCGGCGGUGGGCUGCACUCGGUGGGCACCUACAUCAUCGACCUGCUCACCUUCCUCACUGGCCAGAAGGCCGUCAAGGUGCACGGGCUGCUCAAGACCUUCGUCAAGCAGACGGACCACAUCAAGGGCAUCCGCCAGAUCACCAGCGACGACUUCUGCACCUUCCAGAUGAUGCUGGAGGGCGGCGUGUGCUGCACCGUGACCCUGAACUUCAACGUGCCCGGUGAGUUCAAGCAGGACGUGACCGUGGUGGGCGCGGCCGGGCGCCUGCUGGCCGUGGGCACCGACUUGUACGGGCAGCGCAACAGUGCGGUCGAGCAGGAGCUGCUGCUGCAGGACGCCACGCCUGUGAACAACUCGCUGCUGCCCGCCAAGGCCUUCAGCGACAUCCCCGCGCCCUACCUGCGCGGCACCAUGAUGAUGAUGCAGGCCGUGCGCCAGGCCUUCCAGGACCAGGACGACCGGCGCACGUGGGACGGGAGGCCGCUCACCAUGGCUGCCACCUUCGACGACUGCCUGUACGCGCUCUGCGUGGUGGACACCAUCAAGAGGUCCAGCCAGACCGGCGAGUGGCAGAACAUCGCCGUCAUGACCGAGGAGCCCGACCUGAGCCCCGCCUACCUGAUCAGCGAGGCCAUGCGCCGCAGCAGGAUGUCGCUCUACUGUUAGCGCCGACCCGACAGGAAUGCAGAACGGGCAGAGAAUAAAGGGCAUCUAACAAGGGGGACCCUGGCCUGGCGAGGGACCCCCCACAGUGUUGGUGGACGAAGCAUUACCCGGGGACUAUUCGGGAAGGCCUGCGGGCCCUGCUGUGGCCCCUACUGGGUGUCGGCAGCCAGGAGAGGAGGUUGAGCAGCCCUGGCUCCCCGCACUGUGAGAAGCAAGGAGGGGCUGCUUCCCUCCCUACCUCAUCCAAAGGCAGGCGGCAGAGGGCGCGGUCAGGUCUCUAACAUGUCUCUAGGUCCAGGGAGAAAGUGAACUUCCAGGGAGCCACUUUUGAUUCUAUGUAAGGCGUCCGGUGGACAAGGUGGUGGGAGCAACGUGCAGUCUCCUCAGUCGGGAAGCAGGACAGUGGUUCUUUGGCCUUUGGUUCACCUGCUACAGUAAGGGAGGUCAAGAGUAAGAAUAGCUAGCAGAGCACAGGUUCUUGCAGGCUGAAGGGUGAGAACACCCCAGCAACACCGAGGCAGAGAAUACGAUGCCGCUCUGAGCUCCUCCCCAGUGGGACAUCCACAAGGGGCUUCCUGGGAAGGGUGGGGUGAGAGGAGGCAGCAUUCCUUGCUCCCUGGCUCUCCAGGUGGCACCAGGAACGCCACACUGCAAGGGGCUCUGACUACAAACAUCAGUGCGCUGCCCUCCAGGACUGCGGACAGCUGCGCUCCUCAGUGACCCAGUGUGCAGGGGCAGAAGCCUAGCCCCAGAGUUGCGUUGGGUGUCACCGCUCAUCUCGUACCCAGCUUUGCUGAGGUGGAAGAGAAGCCUUCACUUCUGCCCAGAAUUCCCUUCCCUUAAAGAAGAGAGGUGGUUUUCCUUUGCUGUGGCCCUGACUCUCAGGCUGUGGACACCUGAAAACUUCUGACUAGGUAUUAAGAAAAGGACAGCAAAGAACAUAGUUUUCAUCAUUUCAAAAGUGGAGGUGUAGGGAUCUCAGAGGGGAAGAAGUAUUUCUUCUACUCACUCUCCUGUUGCUUUCUCCUUUUUCCCUUUACAGAGCUUUCAUGAACAAGUGGGCACAGACCAGAAGGGACACCCAGUCACAUGUAGGCAUUGCAUGCACACACACUCAGAGGAAUACUUCCUAUCACCAAGGGGCACGGAUAGUUUUAAAAAUUCAGAUCUGGUCUUGAAUGCAAGACUAAAUCAAGUACAUUUGGAAACUGGGCUGUUAUCCUUCUACCCUUUCACUCCCCAUGAGACAUUUGUUGAGGCUGGAUGUGGGAGCUCAGCCUUGUAAGUCUACACGACUUUUGUUCACAGGCUCACUGAAGUCAUAGAGAAGCCUUUGGUGUGCAACGGCAGUUUGCGCUUCUUUGCAGAUAACCAGAAGUAGAACUAGAAGGGAAUUCAAAGGAUCUGGGGUCUACCCCAACCGGAGCAGGCAGCACCUAAAGGCAAACAGUCCAGCCAGUUGUAUCCUCCUCUGUGGGGUCAAUAAAGUUAUUGGAAACUCACAGGCACACUGCGGAAGUGUCCAGGCACCAAGGGAGGUCACUCACUUUCCAGGACGAAGGACUAAGGAUUGUUCACUCAGCUUUCCCUGACCUUACUGCAGUAGUUGGCAAUCCCCGCCGCUCAUCCUGGCCCCUGGUUGGUUGACGCUUUAUGGUGAGCAUUUCCAGUUUUGCAGUGAUCAGUUCCCUGGAUGAAGGGAAAGUAGAUGACUCUGUAGGGCUCAUUUUUUUAGGUCAUGGAUAGAUGUUCUUGGGGGUUCAACUUUGUUUCUGUUCUUAACUCAUACUUGAGAGAUCCCAAAGGCCUCUGGGCUCUGAUACAUAUUCAGUGAUUAAAGCAAAAAUUCUCUUUUGAGGCUGGGAGAUAUAGAAUUAUACCUUAAAGGAAGCAUGAAAAAAUUUUAGUGAGUGUACUCAAUUUUAGCUACUGAAAUGUAGUAGGUAGAUGUAGGAUCAAGAGGAAGAAUUAAGACCUAGGUGGUUCAUUUUUUAAAAACCAAUGACAGCUUAUGGUUAACAGAUUUCUUUAGUGUUCCUUCUGCUCUCGUCUUACCAUGUGCAAAGCCUUAACUAGGAGCAGCAGCCUGAAGCUGAAUUGUAAGCAUUCCCCAAUGUUCUGCAGGACUGUUUCAAACCCAGAACCAUUGGGAGUUUUGGUAUCAUCCAGCUUUGACCUUGAAUCAAGUCCCAGCAGUAAUCCAGCCUCUUUUGCUUUCUUUAACAUGCUGCCUCCUCCAGACCCUUGAAACAUAUUCUAGUGUCCCCCUGGCCCACCUUGUUCCCCUUAUUAUGUAGAUUCUGAUCAUUGCUUCUACACAACUCUGAGAUGUCACAUUCUCAGGAUGUUGGUCAGGGUUCUUUCUGGGUCUCAAUAAGUGUUUGGAAAGUCUCGGGUUUAUGUGGAAAGUUUGGAGUCUGUGACCACUGUCAGUUUCUUUGACUUCUCCCCUCCCUGGGAAAAUAGCACUGUGGAUCCCUCCAGGCACCUUAGCAUACCUGGUCGCAGAAGCCUCCAUGUUGGGUUAUCUGGACUCUGCAGGGGAAAUUUUGGCCAAGACUGACCAACUCCAAGACUUAGCUUGUGUGUGUGCAGUAUUCAAGGACAUUAACUCAUGAGACCCAUUCAAGAUGACCUAGCGUAUUGGGGACUGCCGUUCUCUUUUGACAUGGGAGAAAGUAACCUGCCAAAGUCACACAGCCAGUGAGCAGAAGUAGGCUCACAAAACCCAACACCUUUUCUCUUUCAAACCAAUUUGGGCUUUGGCUGUUCUUGUCAGGCAAGAAGAGCACUCCCUGUGCAGCCCUGGGGGGCCACGUGGUAAGAGUGGACAGAGGCCCCGCCCAUACCUCCCUGCUACUGCACAGGACAACCACAUCUGAGCUUCUGCGAGGUUAGUUCCUAAAGCUGUGAAUACAAGUAGUUGGUUCUUUUUUUCCCCUUCCAAAGUGAAAAUGUCACCUUUUUAAAUGGAUUUUCCUACAUCCAUUUUUGAUUGUAGGUAACCAAGCAAACUUCAUUAUAUUGGGGAUUUUCAAAACGUUGAAGUCUAGUAGAAGUCUGGUAGUAUAGGUGGCCAUGGAUUUUGAAGGGCCUGGGUGUAACUAACACAGGAAAACUUUUCUCAGCGAGUGGGGCUUUGAAGGCUCAUUUGCUGUGACUUGGAGUUUAGCUGUGGGUAUGAACCCUUUCGGACUAUCGAAUUUGACCUGUGUUUAUAAAUUGGCUAGUGAGCAUAGUAGGAAAUUGUCUGCUAAUUUUAUCCUGGGGAGAAGAAAAUCCAGUUGCAUGUGAAGGGACUUCAGAGUCCGUGCUUUCAUUUUAUAUCCCAGAAAGAGUAGGUGAUGUCCGAGAUCACCCCACUUCUGCAGUGAUAGGAAACGGCUUCUCGACCUGGUCCUAACAUUCAUCCUGCUGCACAUGGCACCUCUGAAGCUUUCAGAUGGAUGGGGACAGGAGACUCGGAGAGAAGCGAUUGGUCUGAGUUCCCCUGCUGGUUGGUAGAAGUUGGAAUUAGGCAUAGACCUGCAUCAGACUGUAUUUCUUGAGCUGUUUAUGUCUUGAAUGUACUUAUUGAAAAUUUUCCAUUGUGACUAAAUGUGUACCAUUGUCUCUACCUUGUAUUUUUCUUGGCAAUGGUGGGGCCAUACAUUCAGCUUUUCACCUUUGGGCUGUGUGUAUGUCAUGCCCAUUCCCUGAUGCUGGAUACACAUGCAGGCUGUGUCCAGCUUUGGAUUCUCUACCCACUGCUUAUUUUGCUUGGCCAUCAAAAUCCUGGAGUUCACAGGACAGAAGUCAUAACCCUGGGGAGCUUGUUGGAAAACAAAAUCAGCUAUGAGAACCUUGUAUUUCAGUUCCAUUUUGAGGAGAAGGAGCAGGAAUAGGAAGGAAAAGUUGGGCAUGUCUGCAGGAUGGCUCCAGAGCCCUCAAUGGCUUCAGGCAGCACUGGUCUGACCCACCCUUCGUGUAGAAGCAGAAGACUGUCCAGGUGGCCCCAGACUUCUCUCCUGUGCUACAUUAAAAGUGAUGGGUUCAGUGUGCCUGAUAGACUGGCCAUGAAACCAGUGCUGUAUCUUGUAACCACAAGAAGGGACAGUCGUAGCCUGCUGGCCAUUUUUUCCUCCAUACUACGGUACCUGUUUGCUGGAGAGGCUCCACCAAAUUGGCUGGCUGUCUCCUUCAUGCUCCAAGUGUUUCACUACUGAACACCCUCAAAUCUGUGCAGUCCUUGGGUUCACAGCAGCAGUGGAACCUACCGAGUGCAGUGGCUUGAGGCUGCACACAGUGUCAGAGCCCAGCUGGGCACAGAGUACACAUCAGCUCUGGAGUCGCCAUGUCCCUACCUCUCCCCUUCCCCAUUGUGCUCUGCUGUCCUCUGCAGCCACAGGGCUAAUUUGCUAGAGCCCCAUGGCUUCCCUUUGUAAACACAGCAGCUUACUGGUUUUGCCGAGUGGAAUCCCAUGUUAAGAAACAGAAGCUGUGACCUGACCCAUUUCUCUAUGCUGCCCUGUGCCUUGUCCAGGAGAGGGAAAAGUUUCUUGUAAUUAUGGCUUUCUGUUUGUUGCCUGGUGCUUUUGUUUUGUGUGUAUGUGGUUUUUUUUUUUUUUAACCCAAAUUGCAUCAGUUUGGUUGACUUUGUCGAGUAUAUAUUUAUUGUGUUUUACAAACAAGAGUAUAUAUGUUUAUGUAUAUGUAUAAAAAAACAAAAAGUCAAGGCAUGUAUACUAGAUAUUAUUUUAAAGAAUUAUUUAUCAAGGGAAAAAGAUGUGUGUUAUAAACAGAGUCUAUAUUUUAUAUAUAAUGUAGAUAGCAAAAAAUAGCUUAUAAAUUAUAGGAGGUUUUCAUUUUCCUUUUUAUUAUUAAAGCAAAAAAAGAAAAAAAAAGAGGACAAGGCAACUGUUAGUGUUUUAAAGGCCAGACUGCUGUGGGAGAUGGCCUUCCUGUGUCCUCUGGCAGGGCGGUGUCUGCUGUCCCAGGCUCCUGACAGAUGCCCUUGUCACCUGUGUGAUGCUUGGGCUUGGGAUCCCCUCGCAAAUGCACCAUAGGCGGCCUCCAGCUGGCCUCCACGGUUCACAUUGGUGGAAUAAAAGGACGCAAGUGGCAAAUAAAGAUUUAAAAGAAAACACAAGUCCAGUGGUCUCUCAUUCCCUAGACCCAAGGGCUCACAGUUGAGGUCUGAGCUUGAGGGCUGAGAAGCAUAAAGAGGUGGGUUUGAGGGGAAGGCAUGCUGGGCGAGGCUGGCACAGGUCAACAUCCAUGCAGCUGAAUGGGAGGAGUCCCACUUCCGGGUGGGAAUCAUUCAGUGUGAGAACGGGGGCCAGCGGGUUCAAGCCUCAUUUGGAAAUGUGAAAAUGGAAGGGUGAUGACCUACGUAAGACCUCUUGGGAGUGGGAGUGUGUGUGUGUGUGUGUGUGUGUGUGUGUGUGUGUGUGUGCGCACAUGCAUGCGGGGUAUGAAUUUGUGUAAAGGCUAAUGCAAAUGGGAAGCCAGCACAGCUUUUAGAUUGGGGGAGCAAAUUUCAGAAUCCUCUGUUAUUUCAGCAUUCUAACUAGUCCCUCACACCAUGCUCUGCAAGGCCCUCCCUGGCAGGUGCACUUCACUGUUUACAAAGGCAUCUUUCACUGGUUUCUUUUUCAGCAGUUUAAGGGUGGCCCCUGUGGACUGAGCUCAAACUCAUUUGAAGCCUUCGUGGCACAGGAUCUCUCAUGCAUGGGCGGCCCCUUUCCUACCCCUGGCUGGGUCUUCUAGAAUGUACGUGCGUGUGUCUUUGGGGCCAUGCUUCCUUUUUACUUACACAGUUCAAAAUUAGAGCAACACCACGAAACCUGAAAUUUCAGUAUUCAUUUCUUCAUGAGCAACCCCCCAUAUUGAUGCAUCCAGAGUGCAGGCUCCCCACCAAGCAAUAACAGUACCACAAACCCCUGUGGCUGCAUAGCUACUGGGCACACAUACCAGUCUCUUACCUCAUGAUGCUGUAGAAAAUCACACAGCAGUUCUGAGUAAGGCCGUGAAAGACAAGGCUUUGGUCAAAGCUAAACACACCACCUGCCAAACGUGAAGCAUCACUGAGAUAGGAUCCAGUCCCCUAGGUUUCCCCCAGCAGAGUAACCUGGGACACAACAUCCAAGGAAUGUCUCACAUUUCCUAAGCAUUUAGAGAAAUUUUCAAUGUAGGAGCCAGUCGUACCUUUAUAGAUUUUUGGGUUUUCUUUAUGGUACUGAGUUAUCCAAUUUUAGGCCCUUGUCUUGCUUCGUCAACUAGGGAUUAUGUGGGUUUGGCAUGCCUAAUUUGAAAUCCAAAUGUGAAAUCCAAAGCUAGUUAGGAGGCGGUACACAAAAAGUUUUGUAACACUGAAGACUGGAUUUUCAGAGAAGGGCUGCUCAGCUGGUAUGCAGAUAAUCCAAAGUCCCCUAAUCCCUGAAAUCUGACACAAAUUUAGUUCCACAUAUUUGGAUAAGGGAUGCUCAGCCUAUACAGCUUCCCACUAAAUCACAGGAUAUGAGUAGUUGCUUUCACCUUCUCUACCCUUUGCCUGAAAUGGACACUUUAAAUCAUCCCUAGGUUACAUAUA